GGCCAGGCAGGGAAGCUCUGGACCAGGCUUGACAGAAGAGCGGGUAGAGCAUCAGUCCCGCCCGAGGCUCAUCCCCCCUCCCCGGACGUGAGGCUGAGCCUCGGCAGCGGGGCUGGGGCUCGUCGGGCUCUGUCGGCUCCGUACAUGCCAGGAGAUCAUGUAUAUUUUAUGCAUCUGAUUUACUCCGUGACUCUGAUGCUUAUCAACAACGCGUGAAGAUUGCAGUAAGGAUCCUCCCUGGAAGGCGAGGAGGAGCAACUUCCAGGGGGCUGGGAGGAGGUGGAGUGCAGCGCGGCUCUCGCCUAUAAGGAGGUGCCCAGCGAGCGGCUGGUGCUUCCCACCCAGCCGCUGCUCGCAAGGUGAAUCGCCGCGGCGGCAGUCGGGGCAGCGGGCUCGGCUCGGGCACUGCCGCCGGCGUCCGGAGCGGCUCCUCAAGGGCUGCCAAGAGUCCCCCGGCCGGCCCCGGCUUCCCUUCACCCGGAGUGCUUGGAUGCUGUAUGGAGUAAAUGAGCGGAGGCAGAGCGAGCGCACAGAGGCUGAGAGGCGCUCGGAGACCGGGACCAGGGGAGACAGGCGGGCGGCUGGCUUCCCCCUCCGGGGCUGAAGAUGGAUUCCCGAGCCCUCGGGGGCUGCACUCUGCUGCUCUUCACUUUAUGGCAUCUGGGAUUAACUGCAACAAAUUAUAAUUGUGAUGAUGCAUUGGUAUCUCCCUUGCCUUCAGCUGCCCUUACCAGUUCCUCUGAGCUCUUCAGUACUCACAGUCCCAGCUUUGCAAAACUCAACAGACGAGAUGGAGCUGGUGGCUGGUCCCCGCUGGAGUCCAACGAGCAGCAGUGGCUGCAGGUGGACCUGGGAGACAGAGUGGAGGUGGUGGCGGUGGCCACGCAGGGCAGGUACGGCAGCUCGGACUGGGUCACCGCCUACACGCUCAUGUUCAGCGACACCGGCCGCAACUGGAGGCAGUACAGACAGGACGACGCCGUCUGGGUUUUCACAGGGAACAGCAAUGCUGACAGUGUGGUGCACCACAAACUGCUGCACUCAGUGAAAGCUCGAUUCCUGCGCUUCAUCCCCCUGAGGUGGAACAUUGGUGGGCGGAUAGGACUGAGAGUUGAGGUCUUCGGCUGCUCUUACAAGUCAGAUAUUGCAGACUUUGAUGGCAGAAGUUCACUUCUCUACAGGUUCAAUCAGAAGCUUAUGAGCACAUUCAAAGAUGUAGUUUCCUUGAAGUUCAAGAGCAUGCAGGGGGAUGGAGUCUUAUUCCAUGGAGAAGGACAGCGUGGAGACUACAUAACCUUGGAACUGCAGAAAGGGAAGCUCUCCUUGCACCUCAACCUGGGGGACUCCAACCUGCACUUCAGUAACAGCCACACCUCUGUCACCUUGGGCAGCCUCCUGGAUGACCAGCACUGGCACUCAGUUCUCAUAGAACGCUUCAACAAGCAAGUGAACUUCACCGUGGACAAGCACACCCAGCACUUCCGCACAAAGGGGGAUUCAGAUCACUUGGAUAUUGAUUAUGAGCUCAGCUUUGGAGGGAUUCCUGUCCCAGGGAAGCCAGGAACCUUUCAGAGGAAAAACUUCCAUGGGUGCAUUGAGAACCUCUAUUACAACGGAGUCAAUAUAAUUGACCUGGCCAAAAGACGCAAACCUCAGAUCUAUACUGUGGGCAAUGUGACCUUUUCUUGCUCAGAACCGCAGAUUGUUCCCAUCACCUUUGUGAGCGCCAGUCGAAGCUACUUGCUGCUGCCAGGCACUGCUCAAAUUGACGGCUUGUCAGUCAGCUUCCAGUUCCGAACGUGGAAUAAAGAUGGCUUGCUUCUGUUCACCGAGCUGUCUGAAAACUCAGGACGUCUCUUGCUUUACCUCCAUGGUGGGAGAUUGAUGCUACUUAUUCAAAAGGAGACUGAGAACCCAGUGGAAAUCUCUGAAGGCACUAAUCUCCACGACGGGCUUUGGCAUUCUGUUAACAUCAAUGCCAGAAGGCACCGCAUUACCCUGACGCUGGACAGCGAUGCUGCCACCGCCAGCCAUGCAACCACUGUGUCCAGGAUCUACUCUGGGAACAGCUACUAUUUUGGAGGGUGCCCUGACAAUUUCACCGAUUCCCAGUGUUUAAAUCCCAUUACUGCUUUUCAAGGCUGUAUGAGGCUCAUCUUUAUUGAUAACCAGCCCAAGGACCUCAUUUUAGUUCAGCAAGGCUCCCUGGGGAAUUUCAGUGAUUUACACAUUGAUCUGUGUGGCAUCAAAGACAGAUGUUUACCCAACUACUGUGAACAUGGAGGAAAAUGCUCCCAGUCCUGGAGCACCUUUUACUGUGACUGUAACAAUACAGGCUACAUGGGAGCCACCUGUCACAACUCUGUCUAUGAACAGUCCUGUGAGGCUUACCGACACCAAGGGAGGACAUCAGGCUUCUUCUACAUCGAUUCUGAUGGAAGUGGACCCCUGGGACCACUCCGUGUUUUUUGCAACAUUACAGAAGAUAAGAUCUGGACUGAAGUGCAGCACAACAGCACGGGGCUGACCAGAGUGCAAGGAGCUGGUCCAGAGAAGCCCUACACCAUGUCCCUCAACUACAGCAGCAGUGCAGAGCAGCUGGAGGCUGUGAUCAGCAGUGCUGAGAACUGCGAGCAGGAGGUCGCCUACCACUGCAGGAAGUCACGGCUCCUCAACACCCCCAAUGGAAUGCCAUUUGCUUGGUGGGUUGGCCGUGCCAAUGAGAAGCACCUUUACUGGGGAGGAUCUCUUCCGGGCAUUCAGCAGUGUGCCUGUGGAUUGGAAGAAAGUUGUCUGGAUAUGAGAUAUUUUUGCAACUGUGACGCAGAUAGAGAAGAAUGGACGAAUGAUACUGGCCUCCUUGUUUUCAAAGACCAUUUGCCUGUAACUCAGAUUGUGAUCACUGACACAAACAGAUCAAAUUCUGAGGCUGCUUGGAAAAUCGGCCCUUUGCGUUGCUAUGGAGACAGGCAGUUCUGGAAUGCUGCUUCCUUCAACACGGAGGCCUCCUACCUGCACUUCCCCACGCUCCACGCCGAGGUCAGCGCGGACAUCUCCUUCUUCUUCAAAACCACCGCCCCGUCCGGGGUGUUCUUGGAAAACCUUGGCAUUAAAGACUUCAUACGAAUUGAAAUAAGCUCCCCCAAGGAGAUCACCUUCUCCAUAGACGUGGGGAAUGGCCCCGCGGAAGCCACCGUGCAGUCUCCCACAGCCCUCAAUGACAACCAGUGGCACUACGUGCGCGCAGAGAGGAACCUCAAGCAAACCUCUCUGCAGGUGGACAACCUCCCCAAGAAGGUCCUGGAGGCCCCUGCUGAGGGACACUUCCGCCUGCAGCUCAACAGCCAGUUAUUUGUAGGGGGAACAGCUUCCAGACAGAAGGGCUUUUUGGGAUGUAUUCGAUCUCUGCAUUUAAAUGGACAGAAACUUGACCUUGAGGAGAGAGCUAAAAUGACGCCUGGUGUAAGACCUGGAUGUCCAGGACAUUGCAGCAGUUAUGGGAACCUGUGCCACAACGGAGGAAGAUGUGUGGAAAAGUAUAAUGGUUACUUCUGUGACUGCACCAACUCGGCCUAUGAGGGACCUUUCUGCAAGGAGGAGGUGUCUGCAUUAUUUGAAGCUGGCACUUCUGUUACCUAUACUUUCCAAGAACCUUACCCUGUCACAAAGAAUGCAAGCACCUCAAGCUCUGCCAUUUAUGUGGAUGCUGUUGUGUCCAAGGAGAAUAUUGCGUUCAGCUUUCUUACAGCACACACUCCAAGCCUUCUGCUGUACGUCAACACCUACUUCCAUGAAUAUUUGGCUGUGAUUCUCUCCAAGAAUGGAAGUUUACAGGUCCGAUACAAGCUGAGUAAGGAUGGGCUCCUCAUUUUCACCAUUGACUCUGGAAAUUUUGCCAACCGAGAGCUGCACCGUGUGAAGAUUAACAGGGAAGGCAGAGAGCUCGUCAUUCAGGUUGAUCAAGUUCUCAAACUCAAACACAACUUUUCUGAGAUUGAUUUCAAGGCCAUUAAGUCACUCACCUUGGGCAAGGUCACAGACAGUUUGUCCCUGGACCCUGAAGUCUCCAAGGCAAAUGCCUAUGGUUUCACUGGCUGCCUGUCCUCUGUGCAGUACAACCACAUCUCUCCCCUGAAGGCUGCCUUGCGCCACCCCAGCGUUGCUCCCGUGACUGUCCAGGGCUCCCUGACAGAAUCCAGCUGUGCAUCCAUGAUGGAAGCUGAUGUGAACACAGCCACCACAAUAUAUUCCUCAUCAGAUCCUUUUGGGAAGACAGAUGAAAGAGAACCUCUCACCAAUGCAGUCAGAAGUGAUUCAGCUGUGAUUGGAGGUGUAAUAGCAGUUGUGAUAUUCAUCAUCUUUUGCAUCAUUGCCAUCAUGAGCAGAUUCCUCUAUCAACACAAACAAGCACAUCGAAAUAGCCAGAAAAAGGAGAAGGAAUACCCAGAAAACCUUGAGAGCUCCUUUAAAGCUGACAUUGACUUGCAAAACACAGUGAGCGAGUGCAAACGGGAAUAUUUUAUCUGAUGGACAAUGCAAUUUCUUCUUACUCUUCCUCCCCUAACCUCCCUUUCUUUAUUCCUUUCUCCCUUCCUCUUUUCUUUUUGAUUUUUUUUCUUUUUGGAUUUUUUUGUCCUUUUUUAACACUCAUAUUUUGCUAGCUUCUUUUUCAUUUGGAGAAGACUGCCCUGCACAGGAAACACUGAGAACAAUCACAGUGCCUCAUUCUCUGCACAAGAGCCUGGCAAUCACAGUUUACUUCUGCAGCUCAAGAGACCUGUUACCCCAUCCUACACAAAAUAAGAUCCACAUGCACACCUGGUUUCUGCUGUCAGUUCUUGGAUGUUUCAAAGCCCCUACAUUUAUUUGUUGUUAUUUUUUUUCUCUGGAGACAUUUAAGUCAUUGCUUUUACACUAGAGCUGGACUAUGUAAAGUACAGGUAAAGUAGUUGAACACAUAGCUCUGCGGAUACUGGGACAGGAUAGAGGGAAAGAAUGAGAUCAAAACAGCUGAUUUAUUUCAUGGGCUCAUUUACAACAACCAUAAAGAACCAGCCAAAUUCUCAAAUGAUAUUGAUUGAUAUAUUGUCUAUUGAUUUAAAUGGUGUUAAAUUAAUUUGUACCAGUUGAAAAGCUGGUAUGGCAUAAAGGAAAAUAAAACUGUCCUCAUUAAGCUCCUUCCCCCAACCUCCUGUCCUUUUACUGUAACUUUUAGGCUUCUCAGUACUUUUCCAACAAUAUAUGUAUCAACAAUAAAUAUCAUUCCCAUGCACCUCUUUCACCUCCAUCUCAUAAGGCUGGCUACGUAGACCCAGCAUACACUAGUAUAACCCUAGCUGAAGCAUGGAAAAUAGUAGCUUGAAGCUCCAAGGGGUUUAGGAAGCUGCUAGGACUUAGGUGCUCUAUAUUUGUCUGAAAUUUUAGAAAUGCAGCAUAUGCCUGUUCAUGCCACAUGGAGGAUUAUCACACACUGAGGUUAAACGCUGUUGCCCCUGUGGAAAAGAAAAAGAACAUAGAUGAGAAAAAAACAAAACAGUUUAAUCUUAAAUAUGACUCACACCUUCUGCCAGCUCUUCUAAAAAAAGAAAAAAGAAAAAAAAGUCAUACUACUUUAAAAAGCCUCCCAAAACUGCAUGAAAGAUUGAUUGGUAUUUCCUGUUUGUAGAAAUUGGAAUACCUUCUCCAAAACUAAAUAAUGAGAGAUCUGAGGUCAUGUCUAAAAAGAUGAAUAUUUGAUAAACCUUCUUUACAAGGAAGAACACUAGGCAAACAAAGAGAUCCCAAAUACUCUACUUCAAAUUAAUCUUCACGCUUUUUUUUAAAGUCUUUUGCCCUUUCCUGAUUGGGAGCACUACUGAAGAAUCAGGUUCUGCCCUUUUUACUUGUGCUGCAUGGUUACAGUGUGAGGAUGAAAAACCUCCUUUUCAAUCACAAACAUCCUAAGGGUAAGAAGUGAAGGAGUCCCGGCCGGUGAGGUUUUGAACUCUCUGUUGUGUGCAUGUGACAUCUGCCUUUGCAGGGCUUCUAAAGAGGAUGUAGAAUUUGCUGGUGGUAGAAUUAAGCCUAAAGUCAAAGGGAAGAAAAAUCUUAUUCAUUGCAAUACUCUUGAUGUAAUUCGAGCAGCAAUUGAUUGUGCAGCUAAAUCUCCUUCUUUGCCCUACUCCCUGUGCAGUCAUCCUGGGGUUUCCACACAGUGGUCCUUUUUACGUAGAUUUAAAAUUAAGGAAUCUCAGUAUGAGGUAGCAGCCCACAGCAAACUAGAGAUGAGCUUACGCUUGCAACAGGUGCUGUUUUUCUAGGCAGUCCAUUGGAAAGGUAUGUUGGUGUUGAUUGAAGUUCUUUGUUUGAGUUUUUUUAUGAGAGGAGAGAGCAGACAUUUAUUUAUUUAUAAAUAAAUAAAUGACUGUUUGAAUAUGGUGAUUUUUUACCACUUCUUUUGGAGCAUUCAGGGAAGAGAAAGCAGUCUCGGAGUAGCAUCAUUCUUAUGUGAAGAGGAAUAUGAGGCCAGCCCUAUAACCAAAACUCUUCCCUGAGCAAUUUUAUAAAGCUGUCUCUAUUUAAACUAGUUUGGUGCUGUUCUUCCUCAGCCAUGGUCAACUGCAGACAUUUUGCCACACACUGGCUGUUUGGGUGACACAAUUAUUUGACAGUGUUUCUGUGUAAUGAGUAUUGGAAUGAUGGAUUGAGUAGCUGGGUUCUUUUUAUGUUGCUUUGUCUUUGGUGGUAAAAUCCUGGCAAAGCAAUUCUCUUUUCUCUUUCCUUGCUGCAGAUCAAGCAGCUUUGUUUGGCAUGGCAGAAGGGAGGAUAGGAGAGUUCAUGGGCGCCUCUGCCUGUGUUUGAGUCAUCUUUUCUGAAAUGGCCUCUGUACGAGACAUCUCUGAUGUGCUAAUGUGAUUAAUUGGCUACAUGAAGAAUGGAGUAGGAAGGUAAAACCCUGAAAAUUUAGCUAGGUUGGGGUGCAUCUGUAAAAAGAAAGAACUUCAUAUGAAUGUAGGCAUUAGUAGACAAAGACAUUCAUUUAUACCUGUGGAUGUACUGAGACAAGAAGAUUUUUAUGCUACAAGGCUGAACAAAUGAACAAAUUUGUAUGGACUUCUAAAUCAGGAUGUCAAAUUAUUCUUAUUAAAGAUAGCUAAAAUAUACUAAAUGAAGUACUCUAAAUAUAUACCCUUUUUUGGUUUUUGUUUUGCUCUAAUGCUUUUUUUAGUGAGGGCAUAAUUGAAUUUCCUUCAAUAUCAGUUAAAAGCAAUUAAUUUUUUUAAUAAAAGAAAUACAGUUUUUAAAAAAUCUACUAGAGCUACAAUUCAUUUUCCUUCGUUCAAAUUAGAACUCUUUUCCCAUCUAUUUAAAGCCAUUUCUGCUAUUUUUGUUAAUGUUUCUUUUUAAAUGGGGUGUAUUCCCUUUUCCUUUUAUCUGUCGUUCUAGAUAAUAUUUUUAAGUAAAGCCAGGGGAUAAUACUUUUUUACAUAAAUUUUCAGAUUUCAUUUCAGUGGAAAACCUGAGACUGCCAAAGAGUUGUUUAGAGGCAGUUUGGGUUUUCUUCCUUCCCCAAGACAAGUUUCAUAAUAAAAGUAAGGGACUGGUAGAAGGAUACUGUCUGUUUUUUUUUUUCUCUUGGUGAUAUGAUAUGUAACCUAUGAAAAUUAUUGGUGUUAGGCAAGCUGUGAAAUUAUGAAGUAUUUUAGAUAUGGAUUCAGCACUGCAAAUUCCUGUUUUCCAGAAAGGACUUGACCAAUAAUAGCCAUGCUUAUAAAGAUAUUUAGUCAUGCAGACUGACUCUCCGUGAAUGCCAGUGCCUGGCUAUAGAAAGCAAAGGAAGGCUGGAUGUCAGAAAGCUAACUCCAACUAGUUUGGCUGCCACCUGGGUGAAGGAUAGGCUUUACAAGGAAUUUAGUCUCUUGAGGAUGUGGAUCAAUGCUUAAGUGACUAAACAAAAUGAGCUUUUAACUCACAUUAAUUUCUGUGUCUGCCUUGCUGUGGAAUGUUCUAAUAUACUACAAGACAUUUAAAUACCUUUGAAAAUUGAGUCCCAUUUCUCUUUUGGAAGUAAAACUUUGGUCCUAAGUAAGUUACCUAGGUAAUUGGCAGUUAGUAUUUCAUCUGUCCAUAUUCACUUAUUAGAGACAAGAAAGUGUGAGUGGUUUGGGUCAAUUUUUAAAAUGUACACUGUUUUUAUUUCUUUUUGUUCUUGCCAUGGCUCCACACCUAGAUUAUGUCUGCGGUGAAAAAGCUAAAUAAAAGACAUACUUUUAACUCAUAUGGGCUAAGCCAGAAUUCCCACCUGGACUGUAGAAAUGACAAUAUAGAGCUGUGUGGUUAUCAGAGUGUGUUCAGUCAUGAGGUGCCCCUGAUAUUUAAGUUAAAAUUACAACCAGAUUACAAAAACAAGAUGCUUUCUCUUGGCUUUAUUUUAACCUGAUCUAGCUAGACUUUACUCAUCCUAUUUAUCAAUUGCUCAAUUUUUAGAGUGUAAUCCAAACCUUUAUUUUAAUGAGAUCUUUGUCUAUAUUAGCAUUUAGCUGAUCACAUAUUUCACAUAUUGGAUGAGGAGCAAUCAAUAUAUCAUAUUUUUUCACUAUGGUGAGGGGUUAUGAAUCUUUUCCUAAUGAAGUCAGUAUUGAUUUUGCUGACGAUAAGAUUGAGACCUAUGAAGCACUUGGAUAUUGCUUUUAUCUUUUGGGUUUGUUUCAUUUUGCAUUUGGUUUUACCAGCUGUCUGUUCCACAAUUGUCAUCCAGUCCUGUCCAGCCCUGUGGUUGGUGAGGACAGGGAAAAUGUCUCAAACAUCCUGUAAGAUUAAAUGAGUCACUAGAGAUGCCUUUUUCUCUCCAUUGAUUAUAGAGAUAGGGUAGUCUCCUGGCAACAGAGAAAUUACUUAUAGCAGAAUUUGCCAAUGAAUCCAAAUUUUACAAUAGUUUUGAAGAUCAAGUAGACACGUCUCCACAGGUAUUACAAGUGACAUUUUUUAUUUUUUUACUGAGGUGAUAACUGGGAUCAAGGAAGUUGCAUCUAAAUUACUCUCAAAUUUGCUCUAAACAUCUCUGCCUAGUAAAUGUAUAAAUCUCCUUGUAGGCAAAUACAUGAAAAUUGAGUUUCAAAAUACUACUUUGAGCUGGUGACAAUCUGAUCAGUAACCUGUGGGGAAGUGGAUAAUUCUCCUUUUAGUCUGUUCUAGAUCCACAUCCAUUUUUGGCCUCACAUGGGAGCUUUGGCAGAUAGCAUACAUGAAGCCAGAUCCACACAUUUCUGACUUUAAACCUAACUCAGCCCUCUCAGAUGCCUUUCUACAUGUCUAGUGCCAUUUGAGAUGAUACCUGGUAUCUCUGCAUUUCCAGGAAGGAUCCAAGUCUCCUGUCUGCCAUAUCCUGGCAUCUGUUAACCCCAAGUAGCUAUGUCUGAUACUUGCAGGCUUUUCCAAUUAUAAUAAGUUCCCAUCCAGGAACCCUAAGUUCUCAAUGAGAUGAAUCCCUGAAAAAAUAAACCCCAUCUUCAGAACAGAAUCAACCUUCCUUCUGUAAGGAAGCCAGUCACUUGACAUGCAUGCUCCACUUCAAACUAACAAGAGUGUAGAGGAGGAACUUGACCUCUUUGUGAUCCAUCUCAUGCCAUUGUUGUCACUCUCACCUACACAAAGUUUACUCUAAACAAGACUAGUUUUAAAUAUUCUUCUGCACUGCUGUUUUUCCCAAAGACACGAAGGACUUUUUUUCCAUUUUAUUUUUCAGAAAGCAAUCCUUCAUGAAAUACUUGAGCAAAGUCUGAGACCUUGUGAGUGCUAUUUCAAAGCUUUCAUGCAGUUUUUUAAUGCCUACUUACCAAACAAGCCAAGUGAUAUAGCUACCCCCCUGCCACACCAAGGGCCUUACCCAGCGUCUUUAGAGGUUGGUGGGAGGCCUCUUGCUUGACUACAAGUUAGAGUUGCACCAUGCCUUGAAGUUUUGGGGGUUUUAUUCACAGGUCGCCAUCACAGCUUCCAAGCAUGAUUUGUUCCCUUGGGUUCUGCAGUUUGCUGCACUUUCUUUCCCAGUGGAAAGUUCUUCAUGUCCUCUUUCAGUGUGGGCGGCUCCCUCCUCCCUGCUACUUUUGUACAUGAAACUUAUAAACACAUUCUUCUUUUGGGUCUGAAGUAGCUUUUUUUCUUUGACUGUUUAUUUCAAGACAUGCCUAUAUAGAGAGUUUGAAUAUUUCAGUGUAUUGGUGCUUAUUUUUGUGAUCUUUUGCACUAAGCUACUAUGACAAGAACAAAAAUUGGAGAAAAAGCACACUUUCUGGUGAACUCUUGUAAUUUGUAAGCUCGUUGUUUGUUGUUUGUAAUGUGCUGAGUCUACAAGCCGAGCUAAGGAAGGAUAAGGCAACAGUUUGUGUUGACAGUGUCACUCUAUAUCUAGUUCACCUCUGUUUUCUUCAUUCCUCGUUUUUCAUUAACAUGUGAAGCUAUCAAAUAGUUGCUAGGAGUCAGAGGAGCUUGUUUGACAAUUCAAAUUAAGAUUACGAUUUUUUUCCUGGCAGUCACAGAAACCAAAAGUUCAGCUGGGUGUUCAACCAGAAGGGAGACAGCACUCCAUCGAGGAAAGGUAGUCGCCUGGAGGUGGUGACCUGUAAGGGGAAAAGAGGACAUUAACAUUUCAAACUACCACUGGGAUGGGGCAGUGAAGGAGGCAAAAGCUCUUGGAAAACAUACACUCGUGUUUGAAGCCACACAUGGUAGCCAGCAGGUGGAUAUGAGGCUUUUGGGUAUUUUUCAGUGGUAGGUUUUCUUGCCAGGGAAUGAAUUGCUGCUGCUUAGUCUGCCAGAACAUGGUCGUAGUUGUCCUGAUGAUCUGUAAAGUAUCAGAGAUGUGCUCCAAACAUGGGAGAGGAUUUCAAAGCUCUGGCUGAUACCAGAUCCAGAUCUCCCCAGUUAAAUUGCUGGAACUCUCCCAGAUAGCCCAAAGGAGAACUCAAACAAUCAUAACAUUUAAUCAAAUGUUAGGCACAGCAGGUGAUCCAAAGAAUCGUGUUUGCUUAGAGACUUUCCACUCCCUCGUUUAGGAUGCUUGUGGCAGCUUUUUUCUAAGAUGCUGAGUGCUGUUCACAUUGCAACACUACUUAAUUUUUGAUAUGCUAGUCAUAACUCUCUUCACAAAUUUCAAUCCCACAACCCUAAAUAGAGUCCAUUUGGAACUAAUUCUGCAUGGGAAAUUAUUUACUCAUUUUUGCACGCCCUCUACAGCUCCUUCUUGUGUCCUUUAGGCACAUCCUUUCCUGAUGUGUUUUGUCAUUGCUGCCGAUGCAGCACCCAUAUUGUCAAGCAAGAAGAAGGGUUGUUUCUUAGGUAAAGCUUAGAUACAGCCAGUCACAGCCUCACUUUCCAUUCACAACACAGUGGAAUUGAAGUUUUAGGAGCUAAGGAGAGCAAACAGGUACAUUUUUUUAUUCAGACAUCACAAAAAUCUCUACUCUGUGAUUUUUGCAAAUGAAAUCUGUAACACAGACCAUUAUAUCUAAAUGAUAGUGAGAACCUUAGCAUUGUUGUACCUGACCUGCUUUGAAACCCCCUUUGUGAAAGAAACAAGAGAGCUUCAGACCUGGUUGUAACCCUGUUUAGGUCAAUGUAGAUACAUCACUGAUGAAUUUAGCCUCAUAUUGCUCUUGCUUUGAUGAUCUCCUGCAAACUGGGGCUGACAUACAUGAAUCCAAGUCAGGCCCUCAUGUUUGUCAUCCCUUACUGCUGUCAAGGAGAGUUGCAUUCACUGAAAUUGUGUUGUUUUCUAGCAGAAGUAUGGAUAAAAUUUGGGAUACAGCAAUGAACUUCAACUCCACAAAGCCCAUGAUAUGGCUUAAGUCACCUCCAGGAAUUUCUAAAAAUUUGUGGUUUGGGAAGGUUGGUCUGUGGGCAGUGUCUUGUCAGCCAAUUCAGGAGCCAGCACACUAACACUGGAAGGAUUUUAUGGAUUUUAAUGGAUAAAGGCACCCUUAAAAAAAAAAAAAAGAGCAAAAUGGCAGCUGAGAUUAGGUAUUUUUAAUAAUAAAAAAUUGGUUCUUUCUACAGAUGAGCCCUUCAUCAUUCAUUUUACUUUGUUCUACUCAAAUUUUAUUAAAUAAAUCUCUCAGAGCUCUGUUCAUUUUAUUAGCAAAGCAAAAAAAAAAGGACUUUUUUUAAUGGUUUGUCCAAGGGUAAAGCAAGUCUCUCAGUUACAGUAAAAAGCAAAAUGGAGAUUUAGAUUAUUCCCCUUUCACUAUCUGGUUUUCUAAAGAGAAUUCCACAGGACGUUGCCUCAGUCUAAGUCAGUUUUGUAGACAAUGUAACAUGUCUUAAUACCCUGUUAAGGGAUUGAAAAAAUUUAGCCUUAGCUUCUUUUGUUUUCUAUGGUUACUGUUGUACAGAAGAAAGACUUAAACUGUAAGUAAUGUAUAUUUAAUAAAAAAAGACUUUUUGUAUGA